UACUUCGCAGAAAUAGAAUGAUUCAUUUUACAUCGAACAAAUGUAUAUAUGCCCGCGACACACCAUAUAAAGAGCAGGCGUCUACAUAAGAAACAAUAGUUGCAUUACCAUUGCGCAAGUGAUAAUUUGUUUGCAGGAUAAAGGGAUAUUCAGAUCUGCACAUGUUUGAGAACUUGUACAUCGUGUCCAGGUCAUGAUCAGACGUUUACAUUAAACAAGCCAGUAAUAUUACAAAGUGCGCAAACGAUAAUGUGUUUAUAGGAUAAAAAGAGCUGUCAGGUCUGGUAUAGAUAUGGCAGAAAAAACGGAGAUGGAAGUUUCAUCAUGUGUUCAAGACGAAUCUAUCACAGAGCCUCCUCUUCAUGGAUUGAACGAAACAGACCAAUGCCAUCCAUGCAAACUUAUGAGUAAAUUAGUUUGUGCAAGCAAGUAUUGCGAUGAAUGUGAAGAACUGUUGUGCGAAGAGUGUGUGACUAACCAUGCAAAAAGAAAAGCCACAUCGUCACACAAACCGGUACCAAUUGACAAAGAGAAGAGUGUUAUUCCAUGCAGUCCGUGUACAGAUGACGGUAACAUGGUACAGGCAACCACUUACUGUGAAGAAUGCGAGGAAUACCUUUGCAAUGACUGCACACUUUCUCAUGGGAAGAGAAAAGCAACAAAGACACACAAACCAAUAGAAAUCAAUAGAAAAGAUUUAGAUGAUAAGCUUUUAAACAAAGAUGAAACAAUUCCAUUAUGCGAACCGUGCAAGGAUAAUGACAAAGAAACACGUUCCCUUAAUUAUUGCAAAGAUUGUGACGAAUACCUUUGCGAACCAUGCACAAAAAGUCACAUGAAAAGAAAGGCUACACAGACCCAUCAUCCGGUACCAGUUUCCGUGCUAAAAAUGGGGGAGAAGGAAAAAGAUUUUCAAAAAAGAAAGAUGUGCGAUCCAUGUAAGUUUCAAGAAAUUAAAAAAGAGGCAAAAUCUUUUUGUGAUGAAUGCGAGGAGUUGCUUUGUGCUGAUUGUACGAACAAACAUCGGUCGAAAAAGAUCACAAAAUCGCAUGCACUUGAAAACCCUGAUUGUGUGGAAUAUAUCAUCAUCGAAUGCGAAAUAUGCGAAAUAAAAGAUAAAGAAGCUGCCAUGUUUUGUAAUACAUGUGAAGAAGCUCUCUGCGAAACAUGUGGUCAGAGACAUAAAAAGCAAAAUGCGACUAAAUCCCAUUCUAUUGAGGCAAUACAAGGCAGGAAGCUUCAAAGAAUAGUAAAAUGUGACUCCUGUAUCGAAGAUAUAGUAAAGGCAGAAAAGUAUUGUACAGAAUGCAAAGAGCAUUUCUGUUGCACUUGUGUACGCGUUCAUCAAAAACAAAAGAAGACAAAAGAACACACACUCAUAAGUCCUGUUUCAGCCACAAAAAACAAAGGAGCCCAAUUAAAAGCAGUUGCUAUUUGUAAGGGAUGUAGCAAAAGUAAAAUCCUAGCGAAAUAUUGUAACGAAUGUCAGCUUUGUAUGUGCGAGGAUUGCUGCGAAAUACACAGGCGUAGUAAGUUUACCAGAUCCCACAUGCUCCUGGAACGUGAUGAGAUUGAAGAUGUAAACAAACAAGAUUGUGACUCCUGUAUGUCACCUGGAUCAGCAGAUUCAUACUGCGAGCGAUGUGGUGAAUUCUUUUGUACAAUUUGCAAUAAGCAGCACCAAAGUUUAAAGGAAACAAGAGAUCACGAAGUAGUUUCAGUUCAGGAUGGUUUACUUAAAAGGAAAGCUCUUAAACAAGGCAUUAGUGAAACCAUGCAAUUACGACAAGAAGGAGGAACACCAGAUAAAAAAAUUGAAAACGAAAUUCAAUUUACCAAACAGAAUUGCCCAGGAAAACCAAGAUCGUCAGAUGUACUAGCAGAUACAAUAACGCUGACAUGGGAUCCUCCGCCAAAAUUUGGGGAUGAUGACUAUUAUCAAAUCAGUUAUAAAGAAAUUGAUCAUGACAAAAAAUGGAAGUUUUUUUACGGCGAAUUUAGGUCAUCAACUGUCGUUCUUAGCGAUUUAAAGUCAAAUACAGCGUUUAUAUUCCGGGUUCGUGUAGUCUAUGAGGAUGGUGAAGGCUCUUACAGCGAGGAAAGUGAUGAAAUAUCUACAUCAUCAUCUCCAGCUUCAAGAAUCGUACAAGCUUCUAUUUUGAAAGAAAAGGGAACUCCGUCACCUUCAAAGUAUGCGUUGCCCAUUACUGAAAUAAGGCAAGCCAGGAAUGAAAGAGCAAAGACAAAAAAAUUCGAGCUCGGUGCUCCACCACCAUUGCAAAGUGAAAAAUCAAAGACAAUUAUGCUGGUAGGUGCCACUGGCACGGGAAAGAGCACAUUAGUGGAUGGAAUGGUAAACUAUGUAUUAGGUACAAAUUGGGAUGAUCCUUUCAGAUUUACGGUAAUCGAUUUAGAGCAAGAGGAAAAAGACAGAGAAAAAAAUCAAGCACUCAGUCAGACAGAAUGGAUUACAUGUUACACACUUAAUCCUGAAGAGGGAAGCCGUCUAAAAUAUCCAUUACACAUCAUAGAUACCCCAGGUUUUGGAGAUACAAGAGGUCUGAAAAGAGAUCAGGAAAUUGUACAACAAAUCAGAGAACUAUUUUCAGAAAAAGAGCCAAAGGGUGUAACAUUCAUAGAUGCAGUCUGUUUUCUUAUAAAAGCCCCAGAUGCUCGUCUCACAGCUAUCCAAAGCUAUAUUUUCCAAUCGAUAAUGUCACUUUUUGGCAAAGAUAUUGAAAAGAACAUUUGUUCUCUUGUAACAUUUGCUGACGGUAUUGACCCACCUGUUCUAGCUGCUUUGAAACAAUCGGGAUUGCCUUUUGGUAAGAGUUUCACAUUCAAUAACUCGGGUCUUUUUGCCAAGAAUUCUGAAAUCAGUACUUCUAGCUUAUCCCCGAUGUUUUGGGACAUGGGAGUAAAAAGUUUUCGAGCUUUUUUUAAUCACCUGGAGCAGGUAGAAACAAAAAGUCUCCAAUUGACUAAAGAUGUUCUUGAUGAACGUUCACGACUGGAAGCGACAAUUAAAAACUUGCAACCACAACUUGACGCUGGGCUUACCAAAGUUAAUGGUAUGAAGCAGGAGAUACAGAUUAUUGAGCAAAACAAAUCGGCGAUAAAAGAUAACAAAAAUUUCGAAUAUGAGGUUGAAGAAACACAACAAAAGAAGAAAGAGUUACCCCGUGGCCAGCAUGUAACCAACUGUACCCAUUGUCAUUUUACUUGUCAUGAUAAUUGUGCAUAUGGUAACGACGACGACAAGCGCUACUGUGGUGCAAUGGGAGGCGACGGAAAUUGUAGGUAUUGUCCAGACAAAUGCCACUGGACAAAACAUGCUAACACACCGUAUAUAUUUGAGUAUGUUUCUGUCAAAAUAAAGAAAACAUAUGCAGAUAUGCAACAGAAAUAUAAAGAGGCCACAGGAAAACUUCUGUCACAAGAACAAAUAGUAGAAAAGCUUGGAGAAGAACUAAAUGACUUACUAGACGAUAUUGAAGAUAUGAUGGUUGCCAUAAAAAUGUGCAAUGAGCGGUUGAAGGAAAUUGCACUGAGACCAAACCCAUUAACAAUGACAGAGCAUAUUGAUUUGAUGAUAGAAAACGAGAAGCUUGAAAAGAAAGAUGGAUUCAUGCAGCGGAUAAAUAUCCUAAAUGACUUCAGGAAAAGGGCUCAGAUUUCUGUUGAUGUAGAAAACUUUAGCAAAGAUGCUCUGUCGACUCUAGGAGCUGUUGGAAAGAAGAGGGACCGGGACACAAAAUCGCUGUUAACAAGGUUCGGGGCAUGGCUUUCGAAUAAGUUACCGUAGACAAUAAUAUCAAAUAUUUAAUCAAACACAUAAUUGUAUAGAAUGCAAUAGUAAAUAGCAUAAUGGUUUUUUAUGUCUUCUUAUACGAUGAUGAGACAUUAGUUAAAUAUUCCUAACGUCUUAUCCAAAAGUUUAUAAAAAAACACUAUCAAUAUCAAUAACAACACAUAUCGGUUUAUAACACUCUGCACUACGAUUCAGUAUAAUAUUUAGAUUCAAGAAGAUGACUGGCUCAACUGGGAACGAGCCUUGGCCGAAUAAGACUCAUCAAAGCGUGAAAGUUAUUAUCAAGUAAUUUCGGCUCCUUGGAAACUCUCAUAUUUCAAUACAUUUGGUCCUACUAUAGUAUCAUUGUUAUUAACAGAGUGGUUUUCGCGUUUUUGUAGGAACACUUUAAGAAGUGUUGCACGUGGGUUGUGAGAUAAGCCCAUGUGAGAUAAGAUUUUCGAACACCACUAUUUUUAGUACUAUGAAUAAAUUUUUAAUGAAUGAUAAUAUUAUGUUCUAAAACAAUUUACUAUCUGCUAAUAAAUAUAUAUAAUAUCGGAUUAUGUAUCUCACACUUGCCAACAACAUCCAAUAAGCUGUUUUUUAUAUUCAUCGAUAUGCGUCAUGCUGAUGACAACGUUUAAUUUAUCAGUUAUCAACAAGUUCUAUAUGUAAUUCUCAUGCGAUGCAUGUUGGUAGUCAUUUAUGGAAAGAGCUUAUACUAUAUGGCGUCUAUCUUAACACGUUUCGUAAAAAACAAGUUAAGGGUUGUCCAUGGCAAUGUUGUUAAGGUCAUGAAAGGAAACUUUCUUGCUCACUAACACAACGUUGGUGGUUCAAUUUUGGUGUCCAUUCUUGCCUAAAACAAUACACGGAUGGGCAGCUGAGGUAUUCCUUCACCAGUAGUAUCAAUACCGUUUAUCCUGUAAAUUUUAGAGCUUAAAAAGUAUAGAAUUAAAAGUUAUUUUUUCUCAUACUGUAUAUAUGGUGUAUAUUUAAAUUUGAUCUAUUUUAGUUUCGUGAAGAAAUAUCAAGAUUGAUUUUGUACCAUAUUUGAUUUAAUAAUUGUAUAUGAAAUUGCGUUGCAUAUUCGCUUAUUCCAAUCACAGUUAUAACAAGUAUAUAACCAGAAAAUAAUCGGACAUUGUACAUUUAUUUAUAUUCUUCAUUCUCGCACGAUGUAUAUUUGUAUUUCAUGACUUUAUCCAUGAAAUAUCUCCACGCUUAUGACAGGAUUAAACUGUAAAAGUUAGAAGGAAAUGGUGUUUAGAAAUGUUAAAAUUAAAUAAAUAUGUAUAUAUUUACUUAAGAUCUACAAAAGUGAAAAAAGUCCUAUUUUUAGUUUUACUCAUUUAAUGUUUAAAGAUUUUGUUGAUUUUACUAUUAGUUAAGUGUUAAGUUUGUCUAGUUUUUAUUCAGAUAUUUUACAAAUUACAUAAAUAAUUGUUUCAACGUUAAUAUGUAUAUUUUUCUUUGAUAUAGUUAUAUUACAUAAAAUUGUUUUGUGUUUUGCUUCCAUUGCGUGAAAUUGCUUUAUAUGAUUUAUUUUUGUAAAAAAAAAACAUUCAUACAUCACAUACUUCAUUUUAUUGUCAAUAUUGUCAUUUUGCAGAUUGAAGAGUUAUCUUCUAUCAUAUGGCUAUACAUGUAUAUUCAUUCCUUGUAUAACAAUGUAUAUUUCUUUCAAGAUUUUGUAAAUGCUGUUGUGAAGUGUGUAAUGUGAGAUUCUAUGACUCACAUAUGUACGUCUGAUAAAAAAUAUAGUGUAUUGAUGAUAUUAAUGUUAAUAAUAUCGCAUAUUUAUGUACAUACAAUAUUGUUAUGAAAUGUAAUUGAUAAUAAACGUUUAGUGUUUAAUUUUAAUAUCAAGUGGUUAAUUUUGUCACAAACUCAAUACUAUGAUUUGAAUAGUAAUGAUUUAACAGAGUAUACAUCAUGUUGCAGCAAAAAAUGGAACAAUUUAAAUAUCAUUUACAGUAAAAGAAACAUAAGCAACGAUAUGUAAUCAUGUGUUCGUGUGUAGAAGAUUCAAACAAUUGUUGCAUUUCAAGAAGAGGACAAAGGCAAAAAAUCUAUUUGCUCUAUGUACAGUGUAUUUUUUUAUAUAUUAAUUAUUCUAAGAACACGUUACAAUGUCACACUGUGUAAACUUAUUAUCUACACAAUAGUUAAACAAAUUCACAGGGAUUAAAUAUCGACUUUACAUGUAUUGACCUCUGUCAUUCUGUUCCAACACGAGUAAGUUUUUAUUUGCAUGCGACUUAUUUAACAAUUUUUAUUGAUCGUAAUAUUAUAGCCAUAUUAAAUAGCAAUAGUUCA